UGUGAGAUCCAGAAAGAUGAAGGACCUCAGUGGGCGUAUUAUUGGAGCAUUAACAGUGGAAACCCUACACCAUCCAAUGAAUUCAAGAUCAACACAGAUACUGAGUCCUACAGUGGAGAAUAUCAAUGUUCGGGUAGAAGAAACAAUCAGCUAACAGAAUGGAGUGAUGCCUUCAGACUGCCAGCUUUAUCUGCUAAACCCAAAGCCACAGUAACACCAGAGAAAAUAUUCCUGCCAGCAGGGGGCAGUGUGACACUGACCUGCUCUGUUUUUAACUCUGACGGCUGGAAGUUUGACUGGUUCAGACAAAACUCAGAGUUUUCUACAGCUCAGCUCAUCAGAAACAAUGAACCAGAUGCAGUCCUCAGUGUCUCAGAUGAAGGUGUUUACAGCUGCAGAGGAGGAAGAGGAGAUCCAGUUUUCUACACUGAAUACAGCAAUGAAGUCGACGUUAAAACUGUCUCCAUUUAUGUGACCCUGAAACCCAACUGGCCUCAUAUAUUCAGUGGAGAGACGGUCACUCUGACAUGUGAGAUCAAUGGAGGAGGAGAAACUCAGUGGACGUAUGAGUGGAGGACAAAUGACCAAAACUCUCCAACAUCCAGUGAAUAUAGGAUCAACGACGUUACUGAGUCUGACAGCAGAGAAUACAGCUGUAGAGGAAGAGGAAACCAUCAGUUCACACAAUGGAGUGAUAAUUACUCAUUAACUGUUU